AUGGGAAUUGCAACUGCAGUAACUACUAUUACUGGUCCCAGGGAGACAGUGGAGUACAUUCAUCUGGAGAAGGAUGAGUUUAAACCUCCAGCCGACUCUGUCAAGGGACCAUCUCCGUUUGCAGACAAGCACUUAGAAGGCCCAUCAUACAAACUUUUUGACGGCGAUGCUUUGAAACCUAGUGGAGCUCUUGAUAGUGAAUAUGAGUUCAUUGAAACUACUCCUGUCAUAGGCAGGGAAUAUCCCACCGCUCAGGUGAAAGAUAUCCUCGAAAAUGAUGAAUUGAUUAGGGAUCUCGCUAUUACCAUUUCCCGUAGAGGCGUGGUGUUCUUCAGAAAUCAGGACUUGACGUUGGAAGAGCAAAAGACUUUGGUUGACAAGCUGGGACGGUUGACUGGCAAGCCUGAAACUUCUGGAAUACACAUUCAUCCCAGCACGCCAGCAGGGGGAUUUCUCAAGAAGGAUGGGUCUGGGGAGAUUGAUCCGGAGGUUUCGUUCAUCUCUUCAGUCAAAAACAAGAAGCUAAAUUACGCUACGAGACGUAUUCAGUUGGCCAGGACGGGAAUUCACUCGGACAUAGGGUUUGAAGCAGUGCCUAGCGAUUAUGCUAGUUUGAAGAUCGUUGAGACACCGUCGCAUGGAGGUGAUACUUUAUGGUACUCUGCAACUGCUCUAUACGACAAGCUAUCACCGUCCUUCAGGGCAUAUUUAGAGACCUUGACAGGAGUAUACGGAGGUGGCUAUCAGAAAGAGCGUCUGAGCGAGAGCACCUAUGAACGAUACAGUGGAGUUCGAGGAGCUCCCGAAAAUGUGGGAGACUUUCUUUCUGCAGUGCACCCGGCAGUGAGAACGAAUCCAGUGACAAGAUGGAAAUCAGUCUAUGCGCUUGGCCACCAAUUCCGUUCGUUUAACGGCCUCACAGAGGAUGAGAGUAAGGCUAUUCAGGACUACUUGAAUGACCUCCUGGUCGGCUCACAUGACAUCCAAGUCAGAUUUAAGUGGAACAAGAACGAUCUUGCCAUCUGGGACAACCGUUCAAACUUCCAUGCUGCCACUCUAGAUUUCUACUCCGACACCGACUAUGUGAGAACAGGCGUCAGAACAGUCGGAAUUGGUGAGAGACCCUAUUUCGACCCAAAUAGCAGAAGCAGAGCUGAGGAUCUACAGACAUCCCAUCUAACAUCUUAG